UUGCCGGGAAUGUCAGACCACGUUUCCUCGUGCCGGGGUGCUUGUUCUAUGACGCGUGGUCCAUCGCGGUUCAUUCUGAAGCCAGUCUGCCGAGGGAGCGGAGGAGUUACAGUGGCAAGAUGGCGGCGCGGUGGGGAGCAGGCGAGGAGACGCUAACGGCGUGCAGCAUGGAAUUCUUCGCCAUGGAUUCACUGGACGAGACUGAUGGGCUGAGCGCUGGAGAAACUCUGGAAGCCCUUCAAAGCUGCUUAGACCCCUCCAUCCUUUCUAUCUUUGAGGAUACACCAACAAUAGAGACCAAAGGACUAGAUGAGGAGAGCGAGGCCACGCUGCUAACCGCCCUGACAGAGAUCCUUGACAAUGUGGAUGAUGAGAACCUGUCCCCAUUUGACACACUGCCUGACUCAGACCUGUUGUCAGGUCAGAAGGGCAGGGAACACUCUCCGCUCCGGAGAUUGCUGUGUCUGUCCCGUUCCCCUCCAGAGAAAGAGACAAGAUCCAUGUCAACUGGAAAGAGCCUCCCCAGGAUACACGCAGACUCUCUCCAGAGGAGUGAUGGGGAGGAAGAAGACGAUGGCUCCCUCACCCUGAGCCCAAUGGGAAACGAUUUGUCUCCUGACCAUGACCUGUUGGACUGGGGAGGUGCGACCCUCCCGCUUCCUGUCACCUUUGAACAGGAGGGUGAACAUGGUGUUUCAGUUAGCCUGGGGGACUUGGUGAGGCAUAUGCACCCGUAUUGUAUGGCCAUUUGUGUAGAGAAUGAUGAUGGGGAACAGAUGUUGCCUGAAGGAGGCAUCUUACUUGAAGUUGUGGACCAGGGGGAAAACGGAGAACCCAUACUUGCCAUCCCAGACAUGGAUCUCCCAGUCUCUCUGUCACUUGAUGAGCAGAAACUUGCCGAAGAAGAUGAGGUGGCCUCCGACAGUUCAGAGCAUAUAUUCAUCGAUGUUGAAGAUGUAACCGGCAGCGAGGCUCCAGUGAAAUUUGCAACCUCUGCAACACCAGACCUAUGUUCAGUUGUGAAAGAUGAAAUGAUCGUUGAGAGACAGAAGGAAGAGGUUAAAGAGAAAAGCCCCUCCCGCAGAAAAAAGAAAAAGAAAUGCAAGGAACAAUGCCAAACCGAACCUGUGGAGGGAAGGGUCCUUAGGAGUGGCACAGUAAGACAGAUGCCACGCGAGGAACCUAGAAAGCCCGAAAAACGAUCAGUCAAAGAGAAGAAACAUAAAGUCCCGAAGGUUUGUCCUGCCUCGACUCCAGUCUCUUCUUCUGUAAAACCUAAGAAACAAAAUCUGUGCCAAACUGUAACACAAACAGAAAUCACCACUACAACACGAUUGCCUGAAAUGAAAGUGCAUAUUUCCACAUGUGCAUCACCCAGACAGGAAACUGCUCUAUUAAAAGAUAACUCAGAGAUGAGUCGUCCUACCUCUUCACCCACAGCAGUGAGCCCCCAACAGCCCGAUGAAACCCUUAAACAGCCGGGCCCAGCCCCCGAGAAGCUGGAAGACACAUCAGCAGCUCCCUCUGCUGUCGCUGUCGCUCAGUCGUUGGAGAGCCCCGCAGCUGCUCCUUGUCCCGCAACACCCGAGAUCACACCAACUGAUUGUCAGGCCCUCCCUCCUGUGGCCACUGCAUUCCCAGAGCCGAAACCCAAAUCCCUCAGUCUAGCGGAGUAUCGGCGGCUGCGACAGCAGAAAAAGCCGGAACCUGUGGAUAAAAAUAACAACAACAGCACCAAGUGGCCCAGCCUUCCAGAGCUUCCCACAGAACUUCCCCUAAUUCCCUGUCUGCCCGACCCCAGCCCCAAGGAUCCUCGACGCCCUAACCCCCAGUCAGUGAAGAAGGAAGUGGAAAUGAUCAAACCUGCCUGGCAGCCAAGGGGGCCAGCUGCACCACCCACCCCUGAGGCACUGCUGGUGCCACCGGCAUACAUGAUCACUUCAGCCAGAAAAGUUUCAGCUGCAUCCAACAAAGUUUCAGGUGCAACUCCCGCUCCUGAACCACAGCGAAACCCUGAGCCUUCCAAACCUUCUCUUCCCGAAAAGCCCUCGGCUCCUGUCCCUAGUUCAGUCAAGGAUUUACCCACACAUCAACAUACCAUUGCUCAACCUGCAGUACCUGAUGUACCUCAGACUUCUGGGUCUCCCGCUUCUUUAAAACAGGCCAAUCAGUCGCCCGCAGCUGGGAAAUGUUCUCCUGCGCUUUCAGGAAGAAAUGGUGGAAUUGUUGGAGUGACUCAAUCUCAGCCCAUAUCUCUCAAGUCUGUAAAGCUCACUAACACCUGCCCUAAAACCACUACAGAGGCGAUCAAACCCAGCGCUGCUACUUUGUCUGACCCCCAAAAGACCACUGUUUUCCAAAAGGUGCUCGUCACUGACAUCACCACAUUAAACAAGUCCUCCAAACCCGCAAAAAGCGGUACCCAGCGCUGUUCUUCUUCAGUUGCUCAUCCCUCAAACUCCCAGAGUCCAAAGGAAGAACCUGUUGUGCUUGAAAGGAAAGAGAACCCCACUACAGCAGUGAAGCCCCAACGGCCAAAGAACCCCACACAGGAGCUGAUUGAGGCCUUCACCACUGAGAUAGGUAUUGAAGCUGCUGAUCUGACCAGCUUGCUGGAGCAGUUUGAGGAAACCCAAGCCAAAGUGGAACAAUGUGUGCCGGAGGUCUCUGGUAGGGCAGCAGCUGUAGGAAACUCGAGUUUUCUUUUGGCUCCUGAGAAAACCGUUGUGGAGCGUGUGAGAGCUAAUGAUCUCUCAAGCACUGCAGCUCUGACUCCUCCAGCCACUCCUCCCCACCAGCUGUGGAAACCUCUGGCCCCCGUGGCCCUACUGGGGAAGAGCAAAGCCGCCGAGGCCUCCAAGUUGAGCCCCUCUAAGGUUAUUCAGAUAGAAGCUCGGCCAAUGCCCUCAUUCAAGUCCCGCAGUAAACCCACUCCUGCUGCCGCCACCAUAGACCCCUACCUGGCAUGCAUGGACCACGACUAUUGCCUCCCAGACAAAGGCAGUUCCCCUGGAGAGCAGGGCAGGCGCUGGAAUGUCAAACAGCAAUCUUUCAUCACUAUUAAACCCAUCAUGCAAUCCACUACAAACAGCACACAGACCACCCCGGCUGCCCUGACAUUGUCUGUCCCAUCUACCACACACCCUGCGAUCACAACCAGAACUCAAGAUAUCCCACCGAAGGAUGCCCUGGAUCACAGCUUUGUUCUGGACACUCCUGAUGCUUCUCCUGCUCGACAGGAGACUGACUCCAAUGUUAAAGCAGGAAGCCCCAGAAGAGGGCCUUUUGGGAGGACCUACCGUCGGCAAACUGCCUCCCGCACACCCAGCCCCACAUCUAUCCCCAAAGAGAGGACUGGAGGCCGGUCUAGAAAGAGAAGAUCCCGCCGUUCUCCCAGCCCCAUGUCCAGUAGUUCAGAGUCGGACUCCAAUUCCUCUAGAUCUCGGUCUAGAUCACGCGGUCCAUCUAAGAAAAGGUAUCGUCCCCGUAACUCGGAGAGCAGCUCCAGCUCUUCGUCCCGUUCCUCAUCCCGGUCCUCUCACUCUGCGUCUCACUCCCCUCCCAGGAGGAGGAGGUACUCGUAUUCCUCGUCUCACUCUGGCUCAUGGAGUCGCUCCAGGUCGCGGUCUCGAUCCCCUCAGAGAACAUCACAGUGGAGUAGAAGCAGGGCGUGGUGCAGCCCCUCAAACAAACCUGGCUAUGGUCAGAGUGCAAAACCAAUUGUGGAACCAGUGAAGAGAGUCAAGGAGAAAGCCAUUGAGGAGCGCCGGGUUGUUUACGUUGGUCGAAUUCGUGGUACGAUGACCCAAAAAGAACUUAGAGAGCGCUUCUCUUUAUUCGGCGAGAUAGAGGACUGCACUCUGCACUUUAGAGACCACGGGGACAACUAUGGCUUUGUGACUUAUUAUGACACCAAGGACGCUUUCACGGCCAUUGAAAACGGAAGCAGGCUGCGCAAACCUGACGAGCUGCCGUUCGAUCUGUGUUUUGGUGGAAGAAGACAGUUCUGCCGGACCGGCUAUGCUGACUUGGAUUCAAGUAGAGAGUACGAUACUUCGUCGGGGAAAGGCAAGUUUCAUGCACUAGACUUUGACACUUUACUGAAGCAGGCCAAGCAGACCCAGAAGAGGUAACAGGACGCCUGCAGCAGGAAGCAGCUGACACUUACCUCAGAGCCUACAGCUGGCUCCUCAACUGCAACACUGUCUACAUUUUAGCUGUUGCAUUAGUUUUUUUUUGUUUGUUUGUUUUUGUUUCUGCAAGUUAACACCUUCUAUUGAAGUGAAGAUUUGUAAUAAAUAGUAAAAGAAGUCCAAAAAAAGAAACAAGUGAAAUAUAAUAAUUUUUUUAAAAGUUUAUUUAAAUGUAUAAUCAAAUUUGAAUUGUAUGGACAGAGAAUUGUUUUUAAAAAGGGGGAAAAUAAGUGGAAUGGAGCUCCCUUUUUCUUGGGAAAGUAUGUAAUACAGUUGAAUGUACUACAAACUCCAAUUAAAAAAGACAAAUUGAAA